CUUCCAGAAAAUAUUUAUUUGAAAAGAUACAAGCCCCCAGUUUAUUUGAUAGGUACGCAUGAUACAGUGGUGUCGAGUACACCGCCCAGCCGAUAAGCAUCACCCUUUCCAAGAGACGCCGACCGACCUGCUGCCUUCUACACAUCAUCAACCUUCUCUCAACUGCUGUCGGCGCGAACCGUACCCCGAGCCCCUCCAUCAUCACCAUUACCACCACCACCACCACCGUCGAGCCGAUUCCUCAUCCUGAUAUCCACCCAUCGCUAUCACCGCUGCCCACCAUGAAUCCCGAAUACGACUAUCUCUUCAAGCUCCUCCUCAUCGGAGACUCCGGUGUCGGAAAGUCUUGCUUGCUCUUGCGGUUCGCCGACGACACCUACACCGAGUCCUACAUCUCCACGAUUGGCGUUGACUUCAAAAUCCGGACGAUCGAACUCGACGGGAAGACCGUGAAGCUCCAGAUUUGGGAUACUGCCGGCCAAGAACGCUUCCGCACAAUCACAUCCUCAUACUACCGUGGCGCGCACGGCAUCUGCGUCGUCUAUGAUGUUACCGAUAUGGACAGCUUCAACAACGUGAAGCAAUGGCUCCAAGAAAUCGACAGGUACGCCACCGAGGGCGUUAACAAGCUCCUGGUUGGCAACAAGAGCGAUAUGGCGGAUAAGAAGGUGGUUGAUUACCAAGUCGCAAAGGAAUUUGCCGACAGCUUGGGCAUCCCAUUCCUCGAGACAUCAGCAAAGAACGCCAGCAACGUCGAGCAGGCUUUCUUGACCAUGGCUCGCCAGAUCAAGGAGCGCAUGGGCAGCAGCAUUGCCACCAAUAACACCAAGGCGAACGUCAACGUGUCGCCUGGACAGGGUGUCUCCAACAACCAGUCCGGUGGCUGCUGCUAAACGAUAAUUUUGUCUCCUUAGCGUUGUGCGCCGUUGUUGUUUCUGGGGCGUUGGGACGGUUUUCUUGCAUCGGAUGGGCCGGAUAUGGUUAGAUCUGCGGGAGCCGUGUGUGAGGGAAGGUUUUCUGUCUGUCUGUCUGUCUGUCUGUCUACCUACUCCGUGUGGAAUCUACGCCGGGCUGUUGUUGGUUGGGCAAGUUACGCUUCUUAGGAAGUGAUUUGGAAUUCGCCAUGGGAAACUACGCGGCUCUUUUUGGCUGGACUUCAGAUAUGACUCCUAGACAGCCGCAGAGGAGAACGCCAGCAUGAAAAUGGCAAAGGACAUAUCACAAGGGGGGUUAAUAACUCUUUGGCACGGCCCAGAAGGCGCACAGCAGAACGGGAAAGAGGUGGGCGGACCCGAACAGGAACAGUACUGAAUAGGGAGGUUUGCGGUUGGGCCUUUUUUUCUUCUUUUAAUUUCCUUUGAUGUCGUGUUUCUGCCAUUGCUAUUACCUACUACAGCUCUUUUUAUGUGCGUCAGGUCCUGUCUGUGUCUGUGUUUUGUUGAUUUGAGUUUGGGCAUAACAAGGGUUCAUUACAUGACUAGGUUUUGUCUAAGUAAUACGGAACUCUGGCUUAUCCAUGUGA